GUGUAAUUUCCCAUGAGAAGGUGAAAAGUUGAAGCGAUUAUAGCAAAAACAGGAAAAGCUUGAGAGCGAAGGAAAGAAAUGUGGUCUGUUCGCAGGUUGUCUUCUUCGUCAUUGCUUUGGAGUUAUGGCGGCUCCAAAUGCAUAUCUUACAUGCCUUCCAGAUUCGCCGCUUUUUCCCCAGGAGGAAAUGUCCCUGGUCCAUAUCCUUCAAGGUUCCAAAAUUCUGCAGGUAGGAAUGAUGCUGAGAUGAGGAGGAAUCCCAAUCCCAUGGAUUUUGUGAGGGAAAUAGUAGAACAAGGGAAUUCUAGAUUUUCUCAAAACAAUGUUGUGCAUAAUGCAGGAGAAAAUGUCCGUGGUCCAUAUCCUUCAAGGUUCCAAAAUUCUGCUGGUCUGAAUGAUGAUGGGAUGAGGAGGAAUUCCAAUCUCAUGGAUUAUGUGAGGGGAAUAAUAGAUCAAGAGAAUUCUAGAUUUUCUCAAAACAAUGUUGAGCAUAAUGCUGAUAUUGUGCACAUGAAGCUAAUGCGUAACAAUAGCUUUAUUAGUGUGACAGAUUCUAAAGGAAAUACAAAGCUUGUGGCCACAUCAGGUUCAAAGAAAGUAGUAGGGGACGGAAAAGCAACUCGGUAUGCUGCUGAAGCAACUGCAGAAUAUGUUGGAAGGAUGGCAAGAGAGAUGGGGUUGAAAUCAGUUGUGGUGAAGGUGGAAGGGUUCACUUACUUCAGGAGGAAAAGGCAAGCAAUCAUGAGCUUUAGGGAGGGCUUUUGUAAUUCUCGAGCAGAUAGGAAUCCUAUUGUUUACAUUGAAGAUACUACUCGGCGGCCCCAUAAUGGAUGCCGACUUCCAAAGAAACGCCGUAUUUAGAUUAUAGCAUGUUAACUAGAAGGUAACUGCAGGUUGAAACAAAUUGUCGGCAAGGGUUUCACACACACAUGGAGCAGAUAAAUCCCUAGGGAAGGUAACUUGAAACUGGUGCUAAUGUUAGUUUGAUGAAUUCUUCCCAUUAGUUUAAAGUUGUCCUUGUGUUGGUUAUGUGCUGACUAGUAUUUUCACAUGGAAUUGUGUUACUCUGAGUUAAUGUCUUUUUAUUUAUUGUGUCUAGAAAUCUCCUGUUCAUCUCUGAAUUAUCUAUCUAAUGAUGGUUUGCUUCUGGGAA